AAACAAAAAACACGGGGAAAUACAUACACAAAAGCAUAUAUAUCUAUCCAUCUCAUCACUAUGGUUGGGCUACAAAUAUCGACAUAUUCUUCUUCUUUUCGUAAACACUCUUUCUAAUGCCUGUCAAUAAUACUAACACCGCCGUUAUCACCUGGGGUUCAGGUGAAGAUGGACAACUGGGACUAGGAGACAAUGAAGAGAAAGACUGGGUUUCUUCUAUUACUUCUCUUGAUUCCGUUACUGUUGCUUCUGUUGUUGCCGGUAGCCGCAACUCUCUCGCUGUUUGCGAUGACGGCAAGUUGUUCAUGUGGGGAUGGAAUCAAAGAGGAACUCUAGGGCACCAACCAUCGACUAAAACUGAGAACGUCCCUAGUCAGGUUAAAGCUCUUGAAAAUGUCAAGAUUGUUCAGGCAGCAAUUGGAGGUUGGCAUUGUUUGGCUGUUGAUGAUCAAGGCCAUGCUUAUGCUUGGGGUGGAAAUGAGUAUGGGCAGUGUGGAGAAGAGCUUGAGAAAAAGGGUGAUUCUGGUCGGACUUUGAGGAGAGAUAUUGUAAUUCCUCAAAGAUGUGCAUCAAAGCUUUCAGUUCGUCAGGUAGCUGCUGGCGGUACUCAUUCAGUGGUGCUGACCCAUGAUGGACAUGUAUGGACAUGGGGUCAGCCAUGGCCACCUGGAGACAUAAAGCAAAUUUCGACACCCGUGAGAGUACAAGGUCUAGAGAAGGUUAAGUUGAUUGCAGUCGGGGCUUUCCACAAUUUGGCUCUUCUUGAGGAUGGAAACCUAUGUGUUUGGGGCAAUAAUGAAUAUGGACAGCUAGGAACAGGGGAUACUCAACCAAGAUCACAACCAGUUCCUGUUCAAGGAUUAUCUGGCCUUAAGUUGGUUGAUGUUGCUGCUGGUGGUUGGCAUUCCACCGCUCUAACAGAUGGAGGAGAGGUAUACGGGUGGGGUAGAGGGGAACAUGGAAGACUUGGAUUUGGAGACGAUAAGAGCAGUAAAAUGGUGCCUCAACAAGUUCAGCUUCUAGCUGGGGAGGAUAUAGUGCAGGUGUCAUGUGGUGGGACUCAUUCUGUUGCGUUGACACGAGAUGGUCGUAUGUUUUCUUUUGGGCGUGGUGAUCAUGGAAGAUUAGGAUAUGGUAAAAAGGUGACGACAGGCCAUCCAUCGGAAGUACCUAUUGACCUUCCGCCUCCAAAAGAUGGCGACGGCAGUGAAGCAGGACGAUGGUGUGCUAAAUAUGUGGCCUGUGGGGGCCGUCAUACACUCGCUAUUGUAAAAUGGCAAGCUUAUGAGGCGGAUGGGUUGAUCUAAUGGAGAUUGCAAGUAUUUUGAUGAUUUUUCCAUGAGAAAUGAAUAUGCAGAAUCAUUUGAAGUAUCUUAUCUAAUAUCCAAGGAGCUAGUUAAGUUGAAGUUCUAUCAGUUUCCUUUAAAGUUGUGAGUUAUAUUGUUAAACAAGUGGUAACUCUAACCCGAGUGUAACAUGUUUAUUAUAUAUGAUCGGUUGAUCGAUUAAUGAUAA